AUGAGUGACGAAAGUGCUAGUAUUAAUAACUCAACACAGAACGAUAGUAAAGACGAAACAUUUAUUCCAGAUAGGACAUUUGAUUCUGAUGAUAGUAGGCAAGCGACAUAUAGUAGGCAUAGCGAUAUUAUCCAAGUAGAAAAUACAGUACAAAAUCAGAGUACUUUGUUAGGACUUCAAAAUCCUGAUACUGGUAGAAAUACAUUACAUUUCCCAAUACAACGUAGACGGUUAGGAGUACCAGCAGAAUUAAGUUCAAACAUCGUUAAGGAAGAUAUUUCUUUUGAUAGUAGUACUCAGUCGUACAGUUUUGUGCCAAAUUUGGAUUAA